AUGUUAAGCGGACCUAAACCUGAAAGCGUGAUCACAGUGAACAGAAGGCAGUAUGUGAUUCUGAGCGAGGCUGGAAGGGGUGGCAGCUCGAAAGUUUUCAAAGUUCUCAAUCAGGAUAUGGAAGUGCUGGCCAUAAAGCGCGUGAAGGUCCCCGCCUCGUCGCAUUUUCGAACAACUCUUGGUUCUUACGCAAACGAAAUAGCGUUGCUCAAGCAACUUCGAGGUUCUCCAUCAAUCAUCCAACUCCUCGAUGCGGAAGUUCAGUACGAGUGUGGAACCAUCAAGAUGGUAAUGGAGUACGGGGACACUGACCUAGCGAAAAUCCUACUCCGCAAGAAGAGUAGGAGUAUUGACGAUCACUUUACGAGGGGUCACUGGCUGCAAAUGCUCAAGGCUGUGCACACCAUUCACGAGGCUAAAAUCAUUCAUGGAGAUUUGAAACCGGCAAACUUCUUGGUCGUCCGAGGAGAGUUGAAGUUAAUAGAUUUUGGGAUUGCGAAAGCCAUCACUAGCGACGACACGACAAAAGUUUUUCGGGAAGCUCAGGUAGGGACUCCCAACUACAUGUCCCCGGAGGCCUUAGACGGCUCUGACUCAGAAACUGAUUUGCAUUCAGCAAGAUACCGAGUGGGGCGUGCAAGCGAUAUCUGGAGUUUAGGUUGCAUCUUGUAUCAAAUGCUGUGUGGAAGAGCGCCAUUCGCCCAUAUCAAAAACACUCUUCAGAAGCUGAACUGCAUUCAGGAUCCAAAGUACGAAAUCUCAUACCGUCAUGUAACCGACCCUGUUGCGCUUCAAGUGCUCCACGGAUGCCUGCAACGCGAUCCGCAAAAUCGUAUGUCCAUUCCAGACCUUAUGGAACAUCCCUUCGUUUGCCUUAGCCACGAUCGCAACGUAAGACGGGCAAAUGGCAGCAUGAAAAGCGCGAGCAUCUCAGAGGAAGAUUUGCUCGCUGUGACCAUGGAUUUUCUGGACAUUGUGAAAAGAGAAGCGGUUCCACGUUGCUCUCUUCUUUCCACUGUGAUAGAUGAUAGCGACCUGGCACAUGGGAGCAAUAUCGUGAAAGCCUUAAUCCCCUGUCUUCUGAAAAGGCUCGGAAAGCUAUCGUCCUCAGCGACACCAGCUCCGACUGUGACGGGAAAAAGUAACUAUCAGAACCAGUCCUGGAAAGGAGGCGCUACCCCGACGACAUCAGUUGUCACUCCCUCGGGAGCGCACACUGUGCUCAGAGGAGCAGGGAUGGCCCAGAAUAUACGGUAG